UUCUGCAGGAUUUGCUGUUUCAGCAGGGAAGGAAUCAGUCCUGUGCCUUUGCCAUGCAAGAAAGUCAGCGUAAGGAAAUUCCUGAGCUUCACAGUGGCAAUCAGGCAGUUAAGGACCUGCCACUGAAAAUGGAGCUGUGUGUCAGUCACUUUCAUGGCUUAUUCACACCAGCACGACUGCUGUGGCAUAAAAAAGAGGAAUACUCCUUGACUCGGUGCAGGUGCCACAGCGAGGGCUGCGGCUAUGUGCUGGAGUGUUGCAACUACUCUGUGAACAACACAGCUAGCAAACAGUGGACUUUUAGGCCAACGUUGGACACUCUGUGGUGGUGGAGGUGAGCCCAGACAUCCACAUCUGUGGCUUCUGCAAGCAGCAGUAUAAUAAUUUCGAGGUCUUUCUGGCCCAUAAGCAAAAUGGAUGCUCCCUGCCCACCUCUGACACAUCAGCCACUACUGCAACAGCCGCCCUCACUGAUUCCAGCGCCGAGUUUGUUUUCGAGGAAACCUACCAGACCUGUGUUAUGAGAGGUGUCAAAAAGAUCCUGACCAAAGCACAGAAAACACCUUCCAAAAAAUUAAAACCUUCCCUGACUUCAAAGAGACACAGCUGCUGUUUCUCAGGUUGCACUUUUAAGACGCAGUAUGGCCAAAAAGACAUGGAGCGGCAUCUCAAGACCCACACUGGUGAGAAGCCGUUUGAAUGCGAGCUGUGCCACAAGCGCUUCAGCCGGCGGGACAAGCUCAACAUGCACAGCCGCUCACACACAGGCGAGAAGCCGCACAAGUGUAAACACUGUCCCUACGCAGCAGCAGACAGCAGCAGUCUGAAGAAGCACCUGCGUAUCCACUAUGACGAACGGCCUUUUAAGUGCCAGAUCUGUCCGUAUGCCAGCCGCAACUCCAGCCAGCUCACAGUCCACCUCCGCUCGCACACUGGGGACGCACCUUUCCAGUGCCAACAGUGUGAUGCAAAGUUCAAAAUCAACUCAGACCUGAAGAGGCACAUCCGGAUCCACUCCGGUGAAAAGCCUUACAAGUGUGACUUUUGUGAGUACCGCUGCGCCAUGAAAGGCAACCUGAAAUCUCACAUUCAGAUCAAACAUGGCACCGAGAACUCUUUCCACUGUGCGCACUGCGAUUUCCAGUGUGCCAGCAAGAAUGCUCUGCGGCAGCACUCGCGAGAACACCAACCCACUCAGCCCAUCCAGUGCUCCAAGUGCACUUACUCCUGCGCCAGCAAGGGGGCGCUCAAAGUCCACGAGAGGAUCCACUCGGAGGAGCGCCCCUUUAAAUGUGACUUCUGCAACUUCGCCUCCAAACAGCGCAGCAACCUCGUCAUCCACAAAAAGAAGUGCCACUCGGAUAAGCCUGAGAAAGGUGGCGGUGGGAAAGGUGUCAGGGGUGGCAGAGGUGGACGGAAAGGUGGAGGAGGCGAUUCUCCGAAACCUGUCGGCUCAAGGUAUCGAGCCAAACUAGAAGCAGCUCGAGCUUUUAGCUGUGACUCCUGCGACGCAUCGUUUGUGAGGGAGGACUCCCUGCGGAGCCACAAGAAGCAGCACAGAGACACUCAGAAUGUGUUGCAGCUUCAGCUCUCCACCCCGGCCGAUUCAGUCAACUUGGUCACGUCACAGGGCAACACCCAGCUCGAAGUUCCCAUCCCACAUGACGCAAUGGCUCCUUACAACAGUGCACAGCUCAAAAUCAUCGUGUCUCACCCUCUGGGUCAGGAGAACCCUUUAAUUCCAUCAGGUGUGGACAGUCAGCAUAAGACCAACAUGGUCCUGCUCAGCCCAGAAAACCAGGACAUGGUUGUCAACUCAAUGAUCCAACAGGUCAACCUGCUGGCGCCCAUGCAGCCCCUUGGGUCGUCCCAAACUGCAGACACAACCCUCGAACCCCAGACGGUGCUGCUGACGCAGCUCAGCCCCGACAACACCAACCACCCGCUCCACCAGGCCCUGCUGCACACGGCCAUAACCGCUCAGGACUCCAGCAGCGGCUCGCAGACUUUCAUCACAACCUGCUCUGAGCUGGAGGGCCUCAACGCCUUGAUCCAGGAGGGUGGCACAGAGGUGACGGUGGUGACGGAGGGCAACACCACCAUGAUGACCACAGCAACUCCACCUGACAUGGUGUGUGCUCCAUCAGAGGACAUGUCCAAGCCAGCAGGGACAGUUGCGGUCGGGGAGAGUGCCUUACCCUGUGAGGAGAGUGCGUUGCUGGUGCCAAACAUCAGCCUGGGCAGCCAGAACGUGGUCAUCCACGGCGUUCCACUCAUAGUGUCCACUCAGCCACAGCAGCUCUCUCCUCACACACUCUACUCAGAUACACACACACUGGAAGGCAUCCCACAGUGAGCGCAGGGUUCAGACUGAAAUCAGAAAGACUGUAACAUAAGCUAUUUCUUUGUCAGUAAGAACUCUUCUGUAGGUUACGUACGUGCAGGCCAUUAACAGUAACUGCUUUUGUUUCUAGCGAUUUAAUCAUUAACCACUGAAAUAACAAAACUGUUGACUCGGAGACAUACUUGUUUUCAGAUUUUAGAAUAAUGAAUCAUUGUUGUAGCGCCGUAGUUGAAUCCAGAAUGUCGUCAUGUUUAACACUGACUAACUUUAUGAAUAUUAAGGUUAAUAAUUUGGAUGUAAUUUCACUCACUCUACUUUCAGGGGUCACUUUUAAAGGCGUCAGCAUCAAAAUGAGCUGAGAAAAGAGUGAUGAAUCAAUGAAGUCAUUGUUUAAUUAAUUACGGUUUAUUUUCAGGCAGCAUCUUAGAAAAAAAGUGAAUAAAAGUGUGAAAGAAACUGACACAA